AUGAAGAACUUUGCACUUCAGUUGUUCUUCCUUUGGGGGGCCGUUCUAGGACCCGUCAUUGCAUACGGACCACGAGCUGUUGCCGAAGAGAUGUCGUACUGGUACGCCUAUGUGUUGGAAGGGAAAGCCUUGGAAUCAAGCGUGGGCUAUUCCCCGAUUGUUGCACUCGGAUGUGCCGACAGACAGGCUGGGGGCAAGCGAUGCUCGCUUAAACAGUUCUUGGAUUACAUCUAUGCACCACAAGUGGACCACAAUGGGAAUCCCAAGCACGCCGCAACACCAGAUGGUCCAAACCCCAACCCCCAGAGGACUUUGAAUGGGAAAAUGCCGACCUGUCCAAAAUCUUUGCUCGGAUCAACAAUGCCGGCUAUAGAGAUGGCACUCGGGGAUUUCUGGUCAGCGCGCAGAAUGGUCACUCGGCCCAUUGCGGAUCUUUCGGCUCUCGUCGACCAGUUUCAUGAUCAGACUAUGGUCACGAAGCUCCUCGCCAAGGCCAGAGAAGCAAACAAGGCGGCGUAUAUGAUGCGCCUUAUGGACUAUGAAAAAUACCGCAUCUCCAAAGGCUCGCUGGCAUCGGUACUUGGCGAAGGCAAAACGGUUAAGACGAAACGUUUGGACACUGGAAUUAGAGGGUACACUUUUGACGCCCUCGAUGCUCAGGCAACGUUAAACGCAAACGAGGGUCUUACCCAAGGCGAGCUUGAGGAGGCUGCUAUCAAAGUUCGAGAUCUCCCGUCCAAUAGGAACCACUGGGUUGCGCUUAAGGCUGGCCAAGUUGCUCUUGCGUCCGGUCACUGUGAGAUCCCAGCAGGAGCGGACAUUACGCUUAGGUGA